AUGCCCAAGGUCAGAAAUCUUGUUCAUGGCAUUCCCACCAUGUGGCUGUUUUUAACAACAGCCUAUUUGAUUUGUGGAACUUUAAAUGCUGCUGGAUUCUUCAAUUUGGAAAAAGAAGCGAAUCCUGAAGUGUGGAUGAAUAUUAAUGAAAUCAUCACCUAUAAUGGCUACCCCAGUGAGGAGUAUGAAGUAACCACUCAAGACGGGUACAUACUCAGCGUCAAUCGGAUUCCCCAUGGGCGAAAAGACACUAGGAUCACAGGUGCCCGACCAGUUGUAUAUAUGCAGCAUGCCCUGUUUUCAGACAGUGCCUGCUGGCUUGAGAAUUUUGCCAACGGCAGCCUUGGAUUCCUUCUAGCUGAUGCUGGUUAUGAUGUAUGGAUGGGAAACAGUCGGGGGAACACUUGGUCAAGAAGACACAAAACACUCUCGGUGAAUGAAGAGAAAUUCUGGGCCUUUAGCUUUCAUGAAAUGGCCAAAUAUGAUCUCCCUGGAAUAAUAGACUUCAUUGUCAAUAAGACUGGUCAGCAGAAGUUGUAUUUCGUUGGACAUUCACUUGGUACUACAAUAGGGUUUGUAUCCUUUGCCACCAUGCCUGAACUGGCACAAAGAAUCAAAAUGAAUUUUGCCUUGGGUCCUGUGGUCUCCUUCAAAUAUCCCACGGGCAUUUUUACCAGAUUUUUCCAACUUCCAAGUUCUGCAAUCAAGAAGUUGUUUGGUACCAAAGGUUUCUUUUUAGAAGAAAGUAUAGGGAAGUCACCUUCUAUCAAAAUCUGCAACAAUAAAAUAUUAUGGGUGAUAUGUAGUGAAUUUAUGUCCUUAUGGGCGGGAUUCAACAAGAAAAACAUGAAUAUGAGCCGAAUGGAUGUGUAUAUGUCCCAUGCUCCCACUGGAUCAUCAAUACAGAACAUCCUGCAUAUAAAACAGCUUUACCAUUCUGAUGAAUUCAGAGCUUAUGACUGGGGAAGUGAAGCUGAAAAUAUGCAUCACUACAAUCAGAGUCGUCCUCCACUAUAUGAUCUGACUGCCAUGAAAGUGCCUACUGCUAUUUGGGCUGGUGGAAAUGAUAUUCUUAUCACACCCCGAGAUGUGGCCAGGAUACUCCCCCAAAUCAGGAAUCUCCGUUACUUCAAACUAUUGCCGGAUUGGAACCACUUUGAUUUCAUCUGGGGCCUCGAUGCUGCUCAACGAGUAUACAGCAAAAUCAUAGAUUUGAUGAAGUCAUAUCCCUAA